AUGAAUGAGAUGUCUUCGUGGAUCAAAACACUGAACCUGCUGCUUUUUCUGUCGAUUUUAUAUGGAGAAGCAGCACAUCUUAGGAUUGGUGUUCCAGAAAACUAUGAUGGUAUUUUCCCUUGGUACCUCACCAAGCUUCCUGAUCUUCCUUUAAACUAUGCUGAUUUGAUGGUGACUGGUGAUGAUGAGGGGAUUUUUGGUGUAGAGUCAGGCUUCUUGUAUGCCCUAAAACCACUGGACCGAGAGAAAAAGCCAUCAUACUCCUUGCAAGUGUCCUUCAUGGCAUCCAUGCACCAGCAGAGCUUUAGUGUAGAGGUGUCCGUCAUCGACAAGAAUGACAACGUGCCCAUGUUCCUGCAAGAGAGCAUGCGAGGCACUGUUCAACUUGGCCUGCUGAAAGGGAUCCCGUUCAUGCAAGUGGGGGCUUUAGACCGUGACGACCGAAACACACCCCAUGCUGAUCUGCGUUUUCGCCUCCUAGACCAGAUGCCUCGCAUCCCGGCCAGUCACAUGUUCCACAUAGAUGCCACUAGUGGGGAGGUGUUUCUCACAGAGGAUGGUGCCUCUGCUCUGGACCCUGAAAUGUGUGGCCGCUAUAAACUUUCAGUUAUGGUCCAAGACAUGGGUGGGAAGGCCAACGCUUUCUUCUCCACAGGCACUGUGUUGGUGGAAGUCACAGGGAACACAUGGGCUUCACCCGACCCUGUCCGAUUGCAGGAGAACCUACCAGGCCCAUACCCUAUCCCCAUUUCUCAGGUUAAAUGGAGUGGCAGUUUGGUACAGUACAGCCUGGAGGGAGAGUUUCCAGAGAUGCUUUUCACCAUCAGUAGAGAAGGAGUCAUUUACCUGAAUGCCCCUCUGGACCGAGAAACCCAAGAUCAGUUUCUGAUCAGCAUAGUAGCAGAGAGGCCAGAUGGCAAAAGGAUUGCAAAACCCAUAGAGUUGAGGGUCAUGGUGGGAGACGCCAAUGACAACAGACCAACCUUCCCACAGAUGCAGUACCACACGGUUGUCAAGGAACUCACACAGAAAGGAACUGAAAUUCUCACAGUCCAGGCUGCUGAUAAUGAUGACCCCAAAACGGAUAACGUGCGGAUAUUUUACAGAUUGGCAGGGCAGGUGCCAGAAAGCCCACGCCAACUUUUCCGUGUGGACCGAGAUUCCGGGGUGAUCACAGUGCAGGCUGACAGCAUGGAGGGCACAGCAGCACAAUACACACUCACAAUCAUUGCUGAGGAUGCUAAAGGGCUGAACAGCUCCUGCACAGUGAUAGUUAAAGUUCUGGAUGAGAACAACAACCCACCUGUCUUCUCUCAGCAUGAGUAUGGCCCGUUUCACUUGGCGGAGGAUACCCCAGUGGGUGCCACCGUGACGUCAGUGACCGCGUGGGAUGCUGAUGAAUGGGGUGGAGACAGCUGGCUGGUCGACUAUCGACUAGAGUCAGGGAACGAGGAUGAGGUCUUCACUUUGGUGACAGAUAAGCAGACUAACGAGGUCUCUCUUGUCCUUGCUAAGGUGCUGGAUUUUGAGCGGGAGAGUGAGUACAUUCUGGCUCUGAGUGCUCAAAACCCUGUGGCUCUGGUGAGGGGGAGGUAUGGCCCUGCAUCCACCGCCACCGUCUCCAUCUUCAUUGAUGACAUCAAUGAGGGCCCAGUUCUGUCACAGAGUCACUACGAGGUCACUGUUAGAGAAGGCGAGGAGCCAGGACGGGUCAUAGCUACAAUUAGGGCUUAUGACCCCGACUCCCAUCCAAUCAGGUACUCACUGAGAGGGGACACAAAGAAAUAUUUCUCAAUUGGGAAGUACUCAGGAGAGUUGAAAACAGUGCAGGCUUUGGAUAGAGAGGAGAACAGUACCUACACUAUGGAAGUGGUGGCUGAGGAUGGACGUAACUCAUCUCUGUCCGCCUCUACACGAGUGACAGUGCAUAUUCUGGAUGUGAAUGAUAACAGCCCUGUUCUGGUGGGCAAUUACUCAUGGAAGUACCUUUGCACUCCACGCUGGGAGGAUCAGGCCUUGGUCCUGGCGUCUCGGGACAGUGAUGGACCGCAGCAUGGUGGCCGCCUCAAUUUCUCUCUCAGCAGUGAGCCCACAGUGCGACGCAACUGGAAACUCACUCCCAUCAAUGACACUCACACCAACCUGUCUCUGAAUAUCGACUAUCUGACCCCUGAUGUUUAUACGGUGCCCUUCACCAUCUCAGAUAGCAGCUCUCCUCCCAGAAGCACCUUCAUUAACUUGCCUGUAACUGUAUGCACAUGUAACGUAAGAGGGAACUGCCGCACUGCAGCAAAGCAACUUGCAGGGAUGCCCACUAUCCAGUCCACAUUGGGUGUCCUGCUCGGAACUCUGGGAGCUAUAGGGAUCAUACUGAUAGUAAUUUUUGUGCGACUGUCCUACCAGAAAUCUCCACCGGCUGGAAAAGCCAAUCAGGAGACAGUGCCUCUCCGCGUCUCACUGUAA